CACAGUCAGCCACUCAAACCUUAAAUCAUUUGCAAAAUAUAAACUUUUGCCAAACUCAUUCAUAGAAAACUGACUGGCAUUUUUAGGAACUUUUCUCUUCAGAAUUUCAUCUGAUUUGGUCAAAAAAGAUUCAUUUUUGCUUUAACUUAAAAAAAAAUAGUUUCUUAAUAUACUUUGAGACAAAGAAGUUCUUUUUUGAAGCAGUGUCCCAAUUAUUUGUCUCCAUGGCAGUGGACCCUGACUUUGCUGUGAAGAGCAGCAGCAUCAUGCGAGAGUGGAGUGGAGAGGUCCAGCCAGCUCUUGUUGCAUCUUUUAUCUUCCUCUUCUGCCUGGAAGCCUGCCUCUGGUUCAGAAACUUGAGACUCAAGAGAAGACUGCCGGGACCCUUCGCCUGGCCCGUUGUGGGCAAUGCCAUGCAGCUGGGCCAGAUGCCUCACAUCACCUUUGCCAAACUGGCCAAAAAAUAUGGUAACGUGUACCAGAUAAGACUCGGUUGCAGUGACAUUGUGGUGCUGAACGGCGACAGGGCCAUACGUCAGGCUUUGAUACAGCACAGCAAAGAGUUUGCCGGCAGACCAAACUUUCCCUCCUUCCAGAUGAUCUCAGGGGGGAGAAGCCUGACGUUCACUAAUUACAGCAAAGAGUGGAAGGCGCAUCGGAAAAUUGCCCAGUCCAGCUUGAGAGCGUUCUCCUCUGCAAACAGUCAGACGAAAAAAGCCUUUGAGCAGCACGUUAUGGCUGAGGCGAUGGAACUGGUGCAGGCAUUUUUGAGACACAGCACAGAUGGACAAUAUUUUAACCCGUCUCAUGAGUUCACAGUAGCUGCCGCUAACGUCUUGUGCGCACUUUGCUUCGGGAGGCGAUACGGGCACGACGAUGUGGAGUUCAGGACCAUGUUGACGAGGCUGGACAAGUUUGGUGAGACGGUCGGUGCGGGAAGCUUGGUCGAUGUCAUGCCCUGGCUCCAAUCCUUCCCCAACCCGGUCCGAAGUCUCUACGAGAACUUUAAGAAUCUCAACGAGGAGUUCUUCGCCUAUGUGACAGAUAAAGUGGUGCAGCACAGAGAGUCCUUCGAUCCAGAUGUGACCCGGGACAUGAGCGACGCCAUCAUCAACGUGAUCGAGCACGGAGACGAGAGCGGCUUGACGAAAGAGUUCGUAGAAGCCACGGUGACCGAUCUGAUUGGAGCGGGCCAAGACACGGUAUCCACCAUCAUGCAGUGGAUCGUGCUACUGCUGGUCAAAUACCCCGAGGAGCAAGCUAAGCUCCAUGAUCUCAUCGACAAAGUGGUGGGUCCGGACAGACUGCCCUCAACCGAGGACCGAAGCAGGUUGGCAUACCUGGACGCCUUCAUCUACGAGGUCAUGCGCUUCACCAGCUUUGUCCCCAUCACCAUCCCUCACUCCACCACCUCAGACGUCACCAUCGAAGGUCUCAGCAUCCCCAAAGACACGGUGGUCUUCAUCAACCAGUGGUCCGUCAACCACGACCCCCUGAAAUGGAAGGAUCCGCAUAUCUUCAACCCCUCUCGCUUCCUGGGUGAAAACGGAGCCCUCGAUAAGGACGUCGUCAACAGCGUUAUGAUUUUUUCAAUAGGUAAGCGGCGAUGUAUCGGUGACCAGAUUGCCAAGGUCGAAGUGUUUUUAUUCACGGCCGUCUUGUUGCACCAAUGUGGCUUAGAGAGCAACCCUUCUCAUCCCGUCAGCCAGGAUUGCUCUUACGGGCUGUCGCUGAAGCCCCUCACAUACUAUGUCACCGCCAAGCUUCGAGGAAAGUUACUUGGCUUGGUUUCUCCAGCGUAAACUGCAUGUAUCAACAAUGUGACUCAAGGCCAGCAGCGACUUCCCCAAACUUCCCCACCAAUGACAUCUAACAGCCCGUACUAGCAUAUCUGCACAAAGUCUUAUUGUAUAAUUUAAUGUAUUUAAACGUGCAUUGGGAGUGUGAUGUCAAAUCUAUCAUUUGUGAAUGUUGGAAUUCAGGUCAGUGGACUUUUGGCAUCAAUGCGAGAGGGUAAAAAGGUUCUCCUAAUUUUUCAGACAGUAUAAAGAGAAUAUUAAGAGGUUUUUUUUUUGCAUGAACUUAUAGGAUGAGCACAGGGGCAUUUACCAACUUUGAAUGGCCAUUUAAACUAAUAUUGUAAUGUAAUAAAUGCUUGUGAAUGUUAUGGUCACGAGUUGACUCACUGUUUUCAUUCAUGAUCUUAUAAUAUGAGAAUAUAUUUAACCUUUUUCACAUUGUGCUUUUACAAUGUGCUUUUUUUUAUACAUUAUGGGUAACAUAGUAAAUGUAAGAAGAAAUGUUAUCUGUCUACUAUCAUCUACUGUAUUCAAAGCAUGUGAAGACAUAAAAUGGGAUGAUGAAAGGGAACUUGGAAGUGAAGAGGAAGUCUUUUAUCAACAUCCAUCAGCGAAAAUGUGCACAAACCUUUGUGCAGCCAGUGUUCCCCGAGCAGCGUUUGCCAAACAGCGCUCCCACAAAUACACACAACACAGAUGUGCGCCAUGUUUCUUUCCCCCAUGAGGCAUUAUCAUGACUGUUUGUUUACAACAUUUUCAAAGCUACACGGAUGUUCCUGCACCGUCUUAGGCCUGCACGCUCAGCGCAUGUCUACCUUCUCCAGGAGCAUCAUGAUGGUUUUAAAUGAUGACAAGAAUAAGCUGUAUCUGAAAUGAAUACUGAUAAUAAUGGUAAAUAAAAAUACUGAAUGUUU